AUUCCUUCUCCUAAAAAAGGUUUGGUUUGGCCACUAAUACGAGAACAUUUUUAGAUGCCAGGACGCAGGUGCGAGGUGGAUAUUUGUCAAAACAAUCGAGAAAGCGAGCAUUAUGUACGCUCUUUUAAUCAGGCUCAAUUCUCACGAAUACGCUUGAGCCAAGUUCCAUCUCCAAUAAGAAUAAAAACUGCGCCAUCAAUUGAGAAACCUCUAGUUUCGUGCAGUCUGCCACGAUGAGUCCUCCUCAUAUGAAAAUCUUUCUCUUAAGCUCUUUAUCUCUUACUUUGAUGUCGGAACUAUGUGACACUUCCGACCAACUCAAUGACCAAAAGUUGUGGCACAUCUACCCGAUCCACUUAAAUACCACCAAGGUUCCAUGGGCUCCCAAUUUGUUGGAUGGCGAAGCGAAAGAACCUGUAACUCGCCAGGAGAGAUCUUGGAAGAAGAAAGUGAACCGAAAAAGUGUCUCAGAGAGCGAUAUUUUAGGGGAGGAAUAUGAAUAUUACGAUGGGGUAGAGGACGACUAUUACGACUUUAAGAACGGAAAGCUUUACGAUCAACUUGCCCAAGACAACUCAAAACGUAGAACUUAUCAUUUUCGAGGGUCGCCGUUUGCCCAGCGGCCCAGGCCUCAAUUGGAGCAAUCGCUUCAAGCCUACAACAAACCGGAAAGUGGACACUACGAUACCAGAUACCAAGCAGCUGGAAAAAUACCACCAUCGUGGGUAAAGUUCUUGCGAAACUUGGUAACCUGUCUCCCAUUGAGUUUGGCAGCAGCGGCUAUACCUUUGGGCUUUGUUAAUUUUGCGGGAGAAACUUCUACCGUUACCGUGAAUCCAGCGCCUGUCACAAUCACUGUUACAACAACCAUCACCGAACAACCUGUUUUCGAAGGGUUGAGAAGCAACAGACAACCAAAAGAGAAUCAAGCCAUUCACGUUGAUCCCAAGCCUCAGGUCCAUAUGGAUAAAAUGUCCAUUGGCACACUCUCAAGGCCAGGGAAGAACUCUGGGUUGCACUUGUCUCCUACAAGAGUAUUAAAGGAAAGUGCAUCUUCAUCUCAAUUGCCCCUCUUCAAUCGUCAUCUCGCCAAUUGGGGCUCAGAUGGCCCAAAGCCAAAACACGGGAUUCAAUCAAAAGUUGGCGAGAAUGUGGAUCUGCUCCAAUAAACAUAUCAAGAGAAUAGCAAAGUUGUCAUAACAUCACUUGAAGACUCCGUUCACAUGGACAAGAGUGCCAAUAAUGUCAAUGCCAAAUCUUCACAUCGUAAUCCCCGAGGAGCUUGUGGUCAAGUCUUUGAUUAAACCUUGAAUUUGAAUUUUGCGCAUUUGCUUGCUAUAGAUAACUA